UCCCUUUGGUGUCUCCUGCAACUCGUGUCACUGUUUAAAUCCUUUUUGCCAUCCCUCAAGCUUGCUGCGUCGCUAGGGGAGGGAAGGACACGCUGUUUGAUUUGUGCCAGAAGUUCCCUCCGGAGAUGCAAGGCUAUUAAGGGGUGGGGGACGGAGGGGGAGAGUUGUGGAAGUCUCUGGCUAGUUUGACUGGACACCGGACAAGGCAAGGCCAGGGUGACUACAACUCCCAGAGGUCUCAGGGCUGCUAUUUCUAGUCUGGGUCCUAGCUAAUGACAAAUCUACCGACCAAUGGCUUCAGAAAGCUUCACCCGGUCUCAAACUCAAGAGACCAAUCGUGGGUUGGUUGGACGGAUGUUUCCUACUUUGAGGCAACCACUCAGGCAAAAGAAAAAAAAAAAAUAUGUUGAAGAAUGUUACAACCCAGCUCUCGAUCUAAAAAGGGAACAAAUUCUUUUCCUUUAAAAAGGGACUGUGAUCUGGGUUUUUGAAAAAAAAAAAACUUAUAAUUUUAACAUAAUUUUUGGUUUAUUGUUGCCACUCGUGAGCAGUUAUUUCCUGGUUUCAGAUCGUCGAUGUUAUUGUCGGGAAAGACGAAAAGGGCAGAAAGAUUCCAGAAUAUCUGAUACAUUUUAAUGGUUGGAACAGUAGUUGGGAUAGAUGGGCAGCCGAAGACCAUGUGCUUCGUGAUACAGAUGAAAAUCGGAGGUUACAGCGUAAAUUGGCCAGAAAAGCAAUAGCUCGCCUGUAAGGAUACAAAAACUUUGAUGGAAGUGUUAUUCAGAAAGGUACAGGAAAAAAGAAGAGACACUGUAGGGUACCUGGUGUCGACUCUGUCUUAAAAAGUGUGCCAAUUAAAGAAAAACCUCAAAAUGACGAAAACUCAAUAAGCAGUACCUGUCAGGACAGCGGUGGCAGAAAGAAUGAAGAACUAAAAGAACAUCGCCGGCGGCGUAUUAAAGUAAAGACUAAAGCGAAAAAAAAAGGAUUGUCGCUGCGCUCAAGAAAGGACAUGGACGAAAGAACAAUAACCAUAGAUAUCCCUGAAGUUCUCAAGAAGCAGCUUGAGGAUGACUGUUACUAUAUCAACAGGAGGAAACGGUUAGUGAAACUUCCAUGCCAGACCAACGUCAUAACAAUUUUGGAAUCCUAUGUGAAGCAUUUUGCUAUUAACGCAGCCUUUUCAGCCAGUGAGAGGCCUCGUCACCAUCAUGGCAUGAUGCAUUCACAUAUGAAUGUACACUAUGUCCCAGCAGAAAAGAAUGUUGACCUCUGUAAGGAGAUGGUGGAUGGAUUACGAAUUACCUUUGAUUAUACUCUCCCAUUGGUUUUGCUCUAUCCAUAUGAACAAGCUCAAUAUAAAAGAGUGACAUCAUCUAAAUUUUUUGUUCCUAUUAAGGAAAGUACCACCACAACUAAUAGGAGCCAGGAGGAGCUGUCUCCUAGCCCGCCUUUGUUGAACCCAUCCACACCACAGUCCACCGAGAGCCAACCAACUAGCGGUGAACCAGUCACUCCCAAGAGGCGCAAAGCCGAUCCAGAGGCCCUGCAGUCUCUAAGGCGGUCCACGCGCCAUAGCACCAACUGUGACAGGUUGUCGGAGAGUAGCUCCUCACCUCAGCCGAAGCGUCGGCAGCAGGACACAUCUACCAACAUGCCAAAACUGUUUCUGCACUUGGAAAAGAAGACGCCUGUGCAUAGCAGAUCAUCUUCCCCCGUUCCUCUGACUCCAAGUAAGGAAGGGAGUGCUGCAUUUGCUGGCUUCGAAGGGAGAAGAACCAAUGAAAUAAAUGAGGUCCUAUCUUGGAAACUUGUGCCUGACAAUUACCCGCUAGGAGACCAUCCACCUCCCCCUUCAUACAUUUACGGAGCACAGCAUUUGCUGCGAUUAUUUGUCAAACUUCCAGAAAUCCUUGCGAAGAUGUCCUUCUCGGAGAAGAAUCUGAAGGCGCUACUGAAGCACUUUGAUCUCUUUCUGAGGUUUUUAGCAGAAUACCAUGAUGACUUCUUCCCGGAGUCAGCAUAUGUUGCUGCCUGUGAGGCACACUACAGCACCAAGAACCCCAGGGCAAUUUACUAAAGUUUCCAUGGUUUGGGAAAAAUAGCUGUACGAUGUGGCUUUAUAUUUUAGGUUCCAGGUGAAGCGUGAAUGAAAUGGUGGACUUCCCCUGGGGGUUCUCUGACAGAGCAGGCUCUGUUCUUCUGAGUU